UCAAGUUGAUUUUACUGUGAAAGAAAUGCGAUUGGAUUUUAGCAAAGUGAAGACUGCUGCUUUUGGUUUACUUCAGAAGCGAAAGCAAUUGUUUUCUUUGGGAACUAAUAAUGCGAUUUUGGAGUUUUUACUUGAUGGAACGCCCCAAGUAAAGGAACAAUUGCUAGAUUCUCGUAAAGAUGUUGAUCGUCAACUGAAAACUUCCUGUGAAAAUUUUAUUCGAACAUCAACUAUUUUAUUGGCUGCACCUCUUCUUGAUUUCAAUAAUAAGGUUGCAACAUUUUUUCAAAAUGUAGAUGAAAACAAGCUGUCAACUACACUUAAAUCACAACCUUGGGCUGGACCAAAGAGAUUGGUGCGAUAG